AAUUUGUUGAUGACUGUACAGUUUCACAUUUGUUUGAAGUAAUUUUUAUCAUAAUUCCAGAUUUACAUGUUCAUUGUUUGAUUUUUUUUUUACCAUUCGUUUGGAAAUCAUGCAAAACCAGAGCUUUGUGACUGAAUUUGUCCUUCUGGGACUUUCGCAGAAUCCAACAUUUCAGAAAAUGGUAUUCGUGGUGUUUUUAUUGGUCUACAUUGCAACUAUGGGGGGCAACAUGCUGAUCGUGGUGACCGUUGUCUGCAGCCCUGCUCUGCUGGAAUCCCCCAUGUACUUCUUCCUGGCUUUCCUGUCCUUCCUGGACGCCUGCUUCUCUUCAGUCAUCACACCGAAGAUGAUUGCUGACUCGCUCUGUGAGAGGAAAACCAUCUCCUUUGAAGGCUGCAUGAUGCAGCUCUUUGCUGAACACUUCCUUGCUGGGGUGGAGGUGAUUGUCCUCACUGCCAUGGCCUAUGACCGCUAUGUGGCCAUUUGCAAGCCCUUGCACUACUCCUCCAUCAUGAACAGGAGGCUCUGCUGUGUUCUGGUGGGCACAGCCUGGACAGGGGGCUUCCUGCACUCCAUCAUCCAAAUUCUCUUCACUUUCCACCUCCCCUUUUGUGGCCCCAAUGUCAUUGACCAUUUCAUGUGUGACCUAUUCCCAUUACUGAAGCUCGCCUGCACUGACACUCAUGUCUUUGGCCUUUUGGUGGUUGCCAACAGUGGGUCUAUCUGCAUUAUCAUCUUCUCCCUGUUGCUUGUGUCCUAUGGUGUCAUCUUGUUUUCCCUGAGGAAGCACAGUUCUGAAGGGCGGAGGAAGGCUCUGUCCACCUGUGGGUCCCACGUCACUGUUGUGGUUUUGUUCUUCAUCCCAUGCAUAUUUACAUACGCACGGCCUCCCUCUGCCUUCUCCUUUGACAAAAUGGUGGCCAUUUUUUACACCAUUUUAACUCCAGUGCUCAACCCUUUGAUUUAUACUUUUAGGAACAAGGAUGUGAAAAAUGCUAUAAGGAAAGUUUGGAACAGAUUGGUGGCAGUUUCUGAUGAAAAAUAA